AUAUUUAUAACAAUAAAAACUUUUUUAAAUUAAUAUUUAUUAAUAAUAUAGUACUUGUAUUUUAUAAAAAUCAUAACAUUGAACUCGCUAAGCAUUGUUUCCCAAUGCUGUAUUUAUUUUUUUGACGUAUUAUAAUAUAAUUAAAAAUGAAAAAAUCUUAUGAAUUAUGACGGUUGAAUUUAAUAAAUCAAGCGUAACGUUAUGGUGUUAAACUGCGUAAUUUUUUUUUUUUUUUUUUUUUUAAUUAGUUAUGAGAUGAUGCUGGUACUAGCCAUGAUGUUACCUCCUUGGCUGUUCCAAGUGGGACUCGGUGAGAAAGAAGGUUGCAAUGGGGUUAUCCACUUGAAUGUCUGGGGGAGGGGCGACUGGUACGCCCAGUAUGCUUAUUGCAGAUCGAUGGGUAUGCAGCUGGGACGUCUCGGUCCGGACGAGGUCACUAAAACAUCCGAAGAAAUAAAAAAACUUGUGCAAAAGGACGAGCCAUUCUUCCUCUCCGGCAACGCGGACGUGGACGCGUUCUCGGUCGAAGGGCAGGGAUGCGCUGUACUCGAGAAAGGAAAGACGGCGCUGAGACCGUGCUUCACGCCUGCUUUCGCCGUCUGCCAAUUCGUCUCUUGAAUCUUGUCAACUUUAAAAAAUAAA